AUGAGUGCAGACACCGAUGAUAUCUUCUGGGGUUUGCAAACUGCAAAGGCCAAGUCAGACUAUGUGGUGACCAGAUAUGUCGCCGAGUUCAUCAACAGUUUGACCAACCUCGUCUACAUCAGUUACGCGAUCUAUGGAAUCCGCCAGCUGCGACAGAAAUCCAAUGUCGAUAAUUUCCGUGUGCUCCCCUACUGGGGCUUGAUGGCAGUCGGAAUAUGCUCUGCCGCAUUCCACAUGAGCCUCAAGUACCACACCCAGAUGUUGGAUGAUCUUUCCAUGCUGUUCGCAACCACCCCGGUGCUGCACCGUGUGUUGACAGUCAACGCGAGUCACAGGAAAUCAAUGAGCAUGGCGCUUCUGUUAGGAUCCGCCCUCUUUGGCCUUGUGAUUUACCACGUGGUAACAGAUGAGCUGAUCUUGCACUCCGUGUCCUUUGUGGGCAUGGUAACGGUUAUUGGAGUCCGCACUAUGCAGCUCAUUCGCACCCAGACGCCAGCAGAUUCAGUAUCCCGAAAGCAGGUUUGGGGUAUAGUUCGGUUUGGGGCUCUCAUCUUCAAUGUGGGCUACUGGUGCUGGCUACUUGAUAGAUGGGCAUGCGGGUUCUUGCAAAGUUCCAGAGCGACAAUAGGUCUUCCCUUGGCUUUUCUCUUGGAGCUUCACGGGUGGUGGCAUAUCUUUACUGGAAUUGGUGCCUACAUUUUCAUUGCGGUCGUAGACCAUCUUGUCUCCGCCGAGGACCACGGGGAUAUCGAAGCGUCAUUUGCCUGGCCGGCUCCGUGGGCUUCUCGGUCGAUCUUUGCGGGAAGAAAGCCUGCGGAAGACAGAGCAGGGAGGAAACAAGAGUGA